CGCGCAGAGGCGGCAGAAGAGUGCGUGUAUUCCCACACCGUUAUUGACAGCUGGCUUCAGUGACAAGCAAAGACUGAACACUUUCGGUUAAUAUUCACGUUUUAAACUUUGGACUGUCUUCUUUGUCCUUCGCAUUUCUUUUUUCGACUUCAGCACAAGGGACUGGACGCAUAGUCUCCUAAGGGCGCAAGGACGCAUCUAUCACGGGGAUGUCUCACCCCGCGUCAAUGCAGUACGACAGAAGAAGGUUCGCAUUGGUGAUAUCGUUGGUUGUGGAUGUAUAUUUGAUGUCUGGGUCAAGAUAUCUCUCCUAAAUAAUAACCAGCAGCCCGAGUCCCAGUGACUCAGUGCAUGAGCUGAGGAGAGUCCCUGCAUCCUAAUCAGAGGUGCUGCUGCUGCUGCUGCCUCAUUGACAUUACAAGCGCACUUUUGGGGAGCACUUUAUUUCCCCAUAUAGUCCAUUUGGCGUUUUUCCGCGCUUUGGAACGGUGGCGCGAAGGAUGUAAUCCGUCUUUGGUGAUGCUUGUCUUAGUACUUACUAGAAGGCUACAGGCGAAGAGGCUCGGAAAGGCUAUUUCUUUGUGGAAACCGGAUUGUGAUUAUGCCUCCAAUGCGCCUGGGCGUUCAGCAGAAUAUAAAUUAGCUGUACAGCCUUACCAUUUGUUGUAAAAACUCAGGAUAAAGGGAGCACUGCCUCAGAGGAAAAGAAAAGAGCAUUGAAAGGAAAAGCCCACAUAAUGACUUUACACGUCUUUUAUCAUGAAUCGGCAUGUGUGCUCAGUAAUUGAAGGUAUAAAUCUUAAUAUUGCCGGGAAGAUCAACAGGUCAGAGGCGUGAAACGCAUCGGGAACCCGAGGCACUCUCACUGAAAGGGAUGCAUCUUUCUGUUUUACUUUUCCUACUUUUCUGGGCGCAAGCCCUGACAUUGAAAAACUUGAACUACUCCAUACCCGAGGAGAAAAUUCAGGGUGUUAUUGGAAACAUUGCCAAGGAUGCAGAGUUAGAAUUGGGGGAGCAGGGGAAAAAAUCCAACUUCAGGGUGUUGGAGAACUCCGCUCCACAUCUUAUAGAUGUGGAUCCUGAGAGCGGGCUGCUAUACACUAAACAGCGGAUCGACAGGGAAUCACUGUGUAGACAAAACUCCAAGUGCCAGCUGUCCAUGGAAGUGUUUGCCAACGACAAGGAGAUCUGCAUGAUUAAAGUUGAGAUACAGGACAUAAAUGAUAAUGCGCCAAGCUUUCCCUCUGAUCAGAUCGAUAUCGACAUCUCUGAGAACGCAGCCCCGGGCACCCGUUACCCCUUGGCUGCCGCCUUCGACCCAGACACAAGGGAAAACGGCUUGAAAACGUAUCAGAUCACGCGGGAUGAUUACAGUAUAUUUUCUUUGGAUGUAAAAUCCAGAGGGGAUGGAACGAAAUUCCCCGAAUUGGUCGUCCAGAGAUCCUUAGACCGAGAGGAGCGCAGCCAUCACACUUUAAUUAUAACUGCCACAGAUGGAGGUGAAUAUCCUAAAUCAGGCACAAUGCAAAUCAAUGUGAAAGUCACUGAUUCCAAUGACAAUAGCCCCGUGUUUGAGCAGCCCUCAUAUGUAGUGGAGGUCCCUGAGAAUUCGUCCCCAGGCACGGUACUGAUAGAUUUAAAUGCCACAGAUUCUGAUGAAGGGAUUAAUGGGCAGGUUACUUAUUCUUUUAGCUGUUAUGUCCCAGACAGUAUCAAAGAGUUGUUCUCAAUAGACUCCCGAACGGGGGUCAUAAAGAUUCAGGGUAAAAUCGACUUUGAGGAGUACCCAAUUAUAGAGAUUGAUGUUCAGGCAAAAGAUCAAGGCCCCAACCCAAUUCCUGGCCAUUGUAAAGUCACCGUUAAAGUGCUCGACAGGAAUGACAACUGGCCGUCGAUAGGUUUCGUGGCAGUGCGUCAGGGGGCGGUCAGUGAAGCGGCAACUCCGGGGACUGUGAUCGCUCUCGUGAGAGUCACGGACAAGGACUCGGGUCGCAAUGGGCAGCUUCAGUGUAGAAUCUUGGGGAACGUUCCCUUCAAGUUGGAGGAGAAUUACGACAACUUCUACACAGUGGUGACUGACAGGCCACUGGAUAGAGAGGUAAAAGAUGAGUAUAACAUCACAAUUGUGGCCAAAGACAAUGGCAACCCGCCACUGAACUCAACCAAGUCUUUCACUGUUAAGAUUUUAGAUGAAAAUGAUAAUCCACCUCGCUUCACAAAAAUGGUGUACCUUCUUCAGGUGCCCGAAAACAACAUCCCAGGGGAAUAUCUGGGCUCAGUUCUGGCCCAUGACCCCGAUUUGGGCCUAAAUGGUACUGUGUCCUAUUCCCUCCUUCCCUCUAAUGUCAGUGAGGAAUCUAUCACAACGUAUGUAAACAUCAAACCCACUGACGGUGCAAUUUAUGCCCUGAGGAGUUUCAACUAUGAGCAAACCAAGUACUUUGACUUUAAAGUCCAGGCAAAGGAUUCAGGUAAUCCUCACCUGGAGAGCAACACCACAGUCCGUGUGAGUGUGCUGGAUGUUAAUGACAACAUUCCCGUCAUUGUGCUUCCAUUACUCCAGAACGAUACUGCCGAGAUCCACGUUCCCCGAAAUGUGGGAGUCGGUCAUAUUAUCACCACGGUCAGAGCGGUGGACAAUGACUUUGGCGAGAGCGGCCGCCUCACCUACGAGAUCUCAGAUGGGAACGAGGAACACCUGUUUGAGAUCGAUUCAAUGACAGGUGAGGUACGGACAGUACAGCCACUGUGGGAGGAAGUAUCACCUGUUGUGGAACUCAUCAUCAAGGUGACUGACCACGGAAAGCCGACUCUGUCUGCCAUGGCCAAGCUCAUCGUCAAAGCCUACUCUGGACCCUUGCCAGAGGGUGAACCACACAUCAACGCCGAACACCACAACUGGGACAUGUCGCUCCCAUUAAUAGUGACCCUCAGUAUCAUCUCCAUCAUGCUAUUAGCGGCCAUGAUCACUAUCGCAGUCAAGUGCAAACGGGAGAACAAGGAGAUCCGCACGUACAACUGUCGCAUCGCUGAGUACACCCACCCGCAACUGGGCAAAAGCAAGAAGAAGAAGAUCAAUAAGAACGACAUCAUGCUGGUGCAAAGCGAAGUGGAAGAACGGGACACCAUGAACGUGAUGAACGUUGUCAGCAGCCCGUCGCUGGCCACCUCACCCAUGUACUUCGACUACCAAACACGUCUACCCCUCAGCUCACCUAGAUCAGAGGUCAUGUACCUCAAACCGACCGUCAACAACCUCAGCGUUCCUCAAGGGCAUGUUGGCUGUCACACCAGCUUCACAGGACCUGUUACGAAUACAACGGAGACGCCAGUGAACAGGAUGUCAAUAAUUCAGACAGACAGUUUUCCUGUUGAGCCCAAUUACAUGGGAAACAGGCAGCAGUUUGUUCAGAGCAGCUCCACAUUCAAAGAUCCAGAGCGAGCCAGUCUCAGAGACAGCGGGCAUGGAGACAGCGACCAGGCGGACAGCGAUCAGGACACUAAUAAAGGCUCCUGCUGUGACAUGUCUGCUAAGGAAGCACUCAAGAUGAAAGCCACGGGCCUCAAGCCUCAACCACUUGAGCAGGAGGAGGAUUGUGUGAAUUGCACGGACGAGUGUCGAGUGCUGGGUCACUCUGACCGUUGUUGGAUGCCCCAGUUUCCUCCAGCUGGGACUGGAGGACCAGGAACUCCCCAAGCCGAGGGCUCAGACUAUCGCACCAAUCUGUUCGUCCCGGCCGGCAUGGAAGCGGUCGCCGUUGAGACUGAGAGUUAUGAAACGGUGUGCAAUCCCAAUGGCAAAAAAACAUUCUGCACGUUCGGGAAGGAGCGUCGGGACCACACCAUCCUGGUGGCGAAUGUUAAACCUUACCUAAAGAUCAAACGUGCACUCAGCCCUCUGUUGCAAGAGGUCCCCUCGGCCUCGUGUAGUCCCACCAAGGGGUGUAAUACAGGCUCGCCCUGUUCCUCGGCCAAAGGUGUGGCCGAUGGAGCAGAGGGAAAGCCUAGCACCAGCCAUUACGGACCUCCAGACGGACAGUACGUCUCCCCCAACAAGCAGAACAAAGAGCAGGGCUACUCCACCCUGCAUCCCUCCGACCCGGUGGCCAAAGUCCUGGCUGAGGCUCGUUCGCGGAUCAGCCAGGAGACGGCGGUGGAAAUGGACCGUGUCUUGGAGCAGGGGGGAGGAGAGAUGGGUCGUGGCACCAUGGACGCAGACCAGGUGGUCAGAGACAUCGACAAACUGCUGCAGGAUUGUCGGGGAAACGAGAACAAUCCCAUCAGAAAGUGAAACGUUCCUUCUCUCACUUGGAAUGAACAAAAUAAGCAUCGAGAAAUGGACACUCAAGGCACUCUCUAAGAGAGUGCGGUACAGAUGGGACAGAAAAUUUGUACUUGGACAUUUUGACACAUGAGCAAAAAAAAACAGUUUGUUCUCGUUUUGUUGUCUGGAUGCCGCGAGGGAAUUCUUUAGGAGUUGCUCUGUCUGGCUUCUAGCAGGCUUUUCUUCUUCUUCAAGUGCCCACCAGCUUCAAACUUGUUCCUAUAGUGACGUCUUUUUUGUCACUGAAUCGGAGAUGGAGCGUACCGCCCCUCUCGGCCAGGGACUUUAGGAGGGGUGGAUAAAAAUGGUGUGUUCUGACAAUCGCAGUCAAGAGGUUGGGGUGCAUCGAACACCCCAAAACGAUCAGAGACACUCUCUCUUUAACUUUUAAUGGCUUUGUAAUAUCAGCAUAAGAAGUGCAAAUGAUAUCAACACUAAAGGGUGGGGGGGGGGGGGUUGAUUAUGAAAUGUAACCAUUCUUCACCUGUCAUUUCUAGUCAUGUGUAAAAUGUGUCCUCCCACAUGUCCAUAUGGAACAUUCCAAAACGGUGAACCUGUUACUCUCAAUUAUUGGUCCUUUGUGUGAUCCCGUCAACUGUCUUCUGCUUUCCACUACUUUUAAAGUGACUCUCCACGUGUCCGACGUUAUGUUAUAGCAGUCACUCUCUCUCUCUCUUGUAUAUUAGGGACAUUUUUCCUCAACUGUGAAAAGAUAUAUCUAUAUAUACAUAUAGAUACAUAUAUAUAAAUAUAUGAACUUGUGUAUAGUGUUCAGAUACUGUAACAAUGAAAAUAUUUAUACAUUUUGUAGAAAAAAAAAAGGUGCACAGGACGAAAAUGCAGUUAAAGAUAUUUAUUAAACUGCAAAGAUUUCGAUUUCAAAACACAAAACAUGAACAAAAAAAAUUUAAAAAAAGGAAAUGUCCCUUCACAUUGUCACUUAUACACAAAAUCAUUUAAUGUGCAAAAUGUAUUCAAUUUAAUGUGUUUACAUCAAAACGACAUAUAUUUUUUAUUGAUUUUUUCUGCAGUUUCUGUGCAUUUGAGCCAAAUUGUUACGUGUACAAGAGCUAUAUUGUGUAUUUUAUUAAAUUAAUAUAUGGUUGUGUUGUAAUAUACAUGGGCUAAUAUUGUACUUCGCAACUGAUGCCUUAGUAGUCGUCAAACUCUGAGUUUAAUUUCCAUUCUGUUAAUUCUUGGUUCUCUCUCAUGUGCUAUCUGCUUGGAGCUGAUCGACUCGCUGCUGUACGUUCAGACAGGCUAUGUUUUAGGAAUACAAAACUACUAGCUGAGCCACUUGUUUUUGACUAAAAGAUACAAACCUCUACAACAGCCACACACGACUACAGUACAAAAAAAUCCUAUUCAACUGGGCAGCUAAUUUUCAAUUACAAUAAUUUUCAUUGUUUGGAUUCAUUCAAUUCUUGUUUUCCAAACAUCUCUUUCUCUUUUAAUAUUUCUAAACCUGUCGCUCAGCAUCGAGUCCUUUGUGAACGUUUAGUGGUAUUGCCUUUCGUCGCUUUAAGGGCAUUUGUAUUGUAGUGCACUUGACUGCAUAGGGAAGAAGAAUGUGCUCUUUGUUUUGCAAGGACCAAAAAUGGUUCCCCCCAAGGAGUUCUUGUAUUAUAUUAUGUUUCAACCAAUCAGAAUUCAUCAAUUCUUGAUCUAUUUUUCCUAUUCUCUCUUCUCUCUCAAUGCAUAAAACAAAAGAUCAUUUUUACACUUUGGUUGUGACAUUGUUUUCGCCUUUUUCUAAACAAUGAAUAUACAGUGUGAAUAUAUUCAAACUAUUCCCAUGCACAGCAAUUUAAUCAAAAACUGUUCCUCAUAAACGAAGAUGUUAUGUUUCUAAACUUUUGCCACAUUGUGACCAAAAUGAGCUACCACAAGUGCACGCAACACUUAAAAAACAGUAAGAAACCAAAGGGGAAGGAAACCAUUUUCAUGAUCGGCUAUUUCUGUCAUCAGAAAGCAUUGCCCGCGGAUGUUGUGUGCCCGGGUCGUCCUGCACAGCUAGAGAGAAACUAACUGCUCUCAUCUACCGUAAAGACACAAUCACGUCUGUUGCGUUGUUUAUUUAUUUAUUUGUAGGUUUAUUUAUUUAUUUAUUCAUUGUUCUAUCUGGAACUCCAAGACUCUAUCUGUUGUUUGCAUCUUUUCUUUAUUUUCUAUAUCAGUACCUGGGUUAGAGAUUACAAAAAGGUGGGGAGGGUUUGUGAGGAAGUGAAAGAGGAGCAUUGUGUUCAUAUCUAAAUGAGGUUUUAUGUUAUUUCAUUUUUUUCCAAAACACAGUGACAAGUUUGACAUUCCGACACACUCGACACAACUGCUACUUGAAAUAACAAUACACAGCACGGUGGUUGGCGUCUCAGAUCUCGCCGUGGUGUCUGACACGGGUGCUUUUUAUUUUCUACCAAGACGAUUCUCCGUCAUCAGCGCACUGCCACGAUUCAGUCUGUUUCAUUUACACGAACAGCGCCUUCAAAAGACUUCAAGGUUCUUAAGAGCGCUUUAACCCAAAGAAAGAUAGUUGGAAAUAACUUCUCUGCUUUUCCUUCGUCUCACUUUGUUUUUAGUUUCCUUAUACUUUUCAUCCAAGUUUGUUAAUUUCUUUUGCCUGUGAAUGUGUGCCGAUCACCAGUGGAUGCCUUUAUGUUUGUGUGUGCUUGAGAGAGCUAGUUUGAGUGACUAAAACAACUGUAUGUUCUGACCCAAAAUUCCUAUCAUUGCACUAUGUGUGCCAUCACUGCCUAUGUUCGGAAUACUACCAAACUAUUACUAAUUCUGCUAAAUAUAGACUGUGCCCAGUAUGCACAUUUUCUGUACACAUGGAAUACCCGUGAUGACCUACUAAAUUUGCUAAAAUGUUCAGUAUAACACUGAGCAUAAUGCUGUAUCUUACCAGUGAUGCUGAAUAAACCAUGAUUUUUAAAUAGGGUUGUCGAUAUAACACAUAUGAUUAAUUAUAGAACAUAAUCAAUGCAAUUAAUCAUACCUCCUGACCCGUACUUAAUUUCAUAUUAAAAGUAUUUUCCUACCAUCGGAGCAAUUCAAAUGUAAAUGUUAAAGAGCAACAUCAGCAGGGAACAGUCAGUGCACCUCGCAAAUUUCUAGUGUUUCAACUACUUCUAACGUCCUAAAACUAGAGGUAGACUGAUAUAUCGGUUUUACCGAUUAAUCGGUGCUUAUAGUUGCAUUUUGGAACUAUCUGUUAUCGGCAAAAAUCAAUGUCGAUAGUUUCCAAUCGUUUUUUCAUCAUUUCAAAAUAAGAGUCCCCUAUGUAUUUUAAGCUUGUUUAUACUUAAAAGUCCCGCAUUAUGCACCGAAUCUUCGUUUCUUCUGGUUAUUAUUGGGAUUUUGGUUGAACAAUAAACUACAUCUGGGAUUUUAGUCAUUUUGGACUCUUUGUCUGUGCCCGCCAUAGUAUAGAGAGAAUAAGACGGUUAAUUAAUCGGUUAUCGGCCUUUCCCGCCACCUUAGUUAUCGGUAUCGGCAAAAUCCACUAUCGGUCAACCUCUACUCAAAACGCAGCGUUUAUAAUGUUGAAAAAAUGUUAGAUUGUCCAGAAGCGUCCAUCUGACUAAUAUGUACAUAGACCAAAAAUAAAAUAAAAUAAUAGCGUAGAUAGAGCGCAAGAACGCGUCAUGUGACAAGACAGACAGACAAAUUCAAUUGCAACAUGGACUAUGUAUUGUUUAUAUUAAAUGAUCUUUAUUUGGGGGCCUUUCUCUGCAAAUAUUGAUAUAUGCGAUUAAUUGUGAUUAAUUCGAUUAAUUGCAUGUCAUGUAAUUAAUUUGAUUUACACAAAAUUGUAUUAAAAAUGCUAAAUAACCAUUUUUACUGGCAAGAUGCAACGUGAUGAGGUCAUGUGACAACAAUGGCUUUUCCUACUGUUUAAAAUGUUUAUCGUCGCAUAAUGUGUCUCACAUACUAUUUCUAAAACUUAGCAGGCAGUAUACAAUAAUGGAAUACUAUUACGAAUAGCCACUGUCACAUGUGGCGAUCUGCCGGGGUCACAAGAGGCCCCCAAUUCAGAAAGGUCUCAAGCAAUGCCUGUGCAUAAAUAUAGCCCCUCAGCUUAUGGUUUAUUACGCCAGCCCUGUGAGCUAUUUGCUGUCUAAUGGACUAUAAGUUGCUGAGGUCAACAUAUAGUUUGAGAUCCAGAAUAAAGCAGUGUUUCCUCAUUAUUGUCUAAUUACACUCAGUAGGCAUGGAGAGAGAUUGAUUGCAGUGUUAUCGAGGCAGAGGUAUCAAAGUCUAAUGCUUAAAUCCAUAAUUGAAUGGGACCUUAUGCAUACCCCUCCCCUCAAACACGAGCUUGCAACACGCACAAACAGGGCACCACUUUCCGCAACCCUUGAUAGAAACAAAGCAUACAUUGUGUGGAUGAAGCUGCUGUUGUCUAAGGCUGUAUUCUAUGUGAUAUAUUUGGGAGCAAAAUGACAUUAAAAACAAAAAUCUUUUAUUAAUAGACAUGUCUCUAUGCCUCCUGCUUGUCUGUGCAAUAUCGUCCCGCAGGAAAAACAAAAAUCACAAGUGAGAUCUCUUAAACAUCGCAAUUGUUGACAGCCAUGAGAUGACAUGGAGAGAUAAAUUAGUUAUCAUUACACACCCAUCAGCAAUCAA